CGUUGUGGUUGGAGUGGAGUUAGAUCUUAAUGACUAUGUGAUUGUAGUAACGUUAAAAUUGAUUAUAAUUUGAUAGACGAAACUACCUUUUCUGUGAUUCGCUUUUAGUUUUUUCGGUUUAAUUUGUACUGUUAACUGCGAAACAAUGCUUCGCCUUUGUGCCCGUUCCAUGAACAGAAAUCUGUUUCUUGUGACGAGAUUGUAUUCUACUCCAGCCGCUGCGACCAAAUAUCAGCUCACGCCUGAAGACAUUUUCAAGCGAGAAGACACUUAUGGCGCCCACAAUUACCAUCCUCUACCAGCAGCUUUGGCGAAGGGGGAAGGAGUAUUUGUCUGGGAUGUGACCGGAAAGCGAUACUUCGACUUUCUCGCCGCCUACUCGGCUGUGAACCAGGGACAUUGCCACCCUCGCAUUGUGAAAACGCUUCAAGACCAAGCAGAAAUCUUGACGUUAACCUCUAGAGCGUUUUAUAACGAUGUUUUGGGGGAAUUCGAAGAGUUUGCUACGAAACUUUUUGGCUAUGACAAACUACUGCCCAUGAAUACGGGAGUGGAAGGAGGCGAAACGGCUUGUAAAUUGGCCCGAAAAUGGGGUUAUCAUGUGAAAGGCAUCCCAGCGAACAAAGCCAAAAUUGUCUUCGCUGAGGAGAAUUUUUGGGGAAGGACGCUCGCCGCAGUGUCGUCGUCGUCUGAUCCAGACUGUUACGGUGAAUACGGUCCUUUUAUGCCAGGCUUUGAACUAAUUUCGUAUAACGAUCUUGGUGCUUUGGAGAAUGGAAGCAGAAUUGGGAGCAGUAAUUUUUCCACAAUCAAACAUAAUUAUUAUGUUUGGAAUCAUUCCUCAACUAAAAUAUCUGCUUUUGGAAUCAUAAGAGUUGAUGAUAAGCAGCCCAUUUAUGGCAUAUACACAAUGUUCCAGGUUCUUUUCAUUGCUGAUGAAGUACAGACUGGACUUGGGAGAACUGGAAGGCGCUUAUGUGUUGACCAUGAGAAUGUUAGACCAGACCUUGUUGUUCUUGGAAAAGCUCUGUCUGGUGGAGUUUACCCAGUUUCAGCAGUUCUCUGUGAUGAUGAAGUUAUGCUUACCAUCAAACCAGGGCAGCAUGGCUCAACUUAUGGUGGAAACCCACUUGGCUGCAAAGUUGCUAUAACUGCUUUGAAAGUUUUGGAAGAAGAAAAAAUGGCUGAACAUGCUGCAAAGCUUGGAGAAAUCAUGGUUCCAGAAUUGAAGAAGCUAAACCCAGCUGUUGUAAAGACUGCUCGUGGCAAGGGACUUAUGAAUGCGAUAGAGAUAAGACCAACAAAUGACUUUGAUGCCUGGAAGGUGUGUUUAAAACUGAAGGAUAAUGGUCUUCUAGCUAAACCCACCCAUGAUCACAUUAUUCGCUUUACACCACCUUUGGUGAUCACAGAGGAACAGCUCCAUGAAUCCCUCGGAAUAAUUAAGGACACUAUUAACUUCUUCGCAUGAGUGUAAUGUAUUAUGAAGGUUUAUUUCUUUUUUUGUGUGAGUGUUUGUAAGUUGACAUUUUGAAAAAGUGUUUUAUUCAUUUCAAUUUUCUUUUCCUUUUUUUCUUUUUUUUUUCUUUUGUUGUGGUGACAAAAGUGAUAUAACUAAUGUUAGGGCAGGUCUUAGAGUUGCAUCUCCAGAUACGUGGAAAUUAGGUACUAAAAACUGAACAAUAUGCAACAAUUAACCAAUCAUGGUUUUGGCAGUGCUUAGUUACACUUAAUUUUAGGCUUGUGCAGGACUUUUCCUUCUCCUCUAUAUCCACUGUUGAGAUGAUGUUGACAAAAUUUACCUGAAAAGAGCUGUGAUGUUUGGUAAAAGUCAUUUCAAGAGAUUUUUUUGUGUAACAUGAAAAAAAAAAGAGCAUAUUUGUUAAGAUACUACUCUAGGCUAUUUCUGUGAAAUUUUAACAAUCAUAAGAUACAGUGAGCACACUUUUUUUUGUUUACAUCGAUGUGAAUGGGUUAUCAAAAGGCGAUUACCUGCUUGAAAGACUGCCUUAAAAGGACAUUUCACCUUUAUCAUUAUAUUAGGAAAGUUUGAAUGUUUUUGUCAUUUAGAAUGGACAUUCUUUAGGUUGACACCACAGAUACGACAGACUAGGGUGAAACCACAGUCACAUCACUCAUUUCAUUCCACAUACUAACAGCCUUUCUGUUUACUAACAAUGAUAUAACGGAUGAGUAGAUUAGAUGAGAUUAGAUAAUAGUAACACAAGGAAGUUACUUGUAGCCAGAACAAUUAUUUGAGAGGAUUGUACAGGGUUUCUAGUCAACCAGGCUAAAAGAAUUAACAAAAUAUAGUAGAUUAUCGCACUAAUAGUCAUUAAUACAUUAUACCAUAUUGUGAAGUAGAGCACAUUGCACAAACCUACAGCCUUCACGUUUGGUUAGCUUUCGAAAGCAGAUCUUACAGUGAAUGGUGGAAGAGAAGAAAGACAAAGCCGAAUUCAAAAGUCCUCUUAGUGGUUGAUAAUCAGUUGGAAGUUAUCCCCAAGAAGGCUUAUUAUUUUUAUCAAUUUUUGACUUUUUUGUGUUUGUUUUUGAGGGAGGGGCACAAUCAUUCAUAUGACAGAUGACUGAAGACUGAACUAAAAACUUAAGGAAUUGAUGUUGUUGCAUGCCAUUUGAAGGAAGUUUCUACACUUAAUUACAAACCAUAUUUACAAGAUAAAUUUAACUUACCAAUGUGUCCACCAGAGAAUUUGUUUGCUGCUUCAAGUCUGUGUGAUACACCAUGUUUAAAUAUGUGUAUGUAACUGCUAAGUUUUGAAAAUUUUAAACAGUUCUGACCAUAAUUGCUAACAAUAAUAAAAUUUCGGUACAGCCCCAUUUUAUUGUGAAACAAAACCUUAGUUCCAAAUGUAAUCUUACUGUUGUUUACUUUAACCAAGGACUCUAUGCAUACUAAAGUAUGAAGCUGAGCAGAAAUCUUGCACUAGUAGCAAACUAAGUGAUAUGAUAAUGGACUAAUGCAAAGCACUAAUACGACAGUAUUUCCCCUGCAACUGGAGUGUGUUGGUGCAGACCCAAAAUGCCCACCAUCAAGUUAAGGAAGAUGAUGAUGAUGAAGAUGAUGAAAAAACUGAAGUGACAUAGUGGUUGAUAAUGGUGUAUCCCACUGGAUCUUCAUGCUUCUUGUACCAAAGAUGCAGUGCUGUGUCAUUUGGGUUUUCAAGAAGUGCUUACAGAAACUGGACAAGACAGAAAAGCAAACGGCUACAAUGUACAAAAGACUGAAUGAUGUGUUAGUUAUGUGUGGAAGUAUUGUAAAAUGUGUUACAGUUAUCAAGAGAUUGUUUUUUGUUUGUUUUGUUUUGUUUUUAAAUGGAAUUCGUGAAUAGUGUGCUCCAUAAGUUAUGUGUAUUUACAAGACUAGUGACUGAACAUCGUGAGUGAAUGAAAUUUUGUGCAGUGCUACAGAAGUGAGGUUCUCCUUGGAAGGAUUGUAGAAAUCGACAAGUGACCAUGACUGACAUUACCAAGAAAUAUUUGAGUUAAUAAUUAUAGGGGUAAAAGGACAUCAUUGGUUUGACUCCAAAACCAGACUUGUUACUUCACACAAACAUUUAGACAGAAACCAGAUCAGCAAUCAAAGGAGGAUGAGACUUUGGUGACAUUUUAAAUCAACAGCUACCGGUAUGUCAUGCAUUUCAAGGAGGAGUUAAAGAAUACCUUCUUCUUAUCCUUUGUGUUCUCAGACUGAAAUUUUUGGGGAAAAAAAACUGUAGAAGCCUCCAAACAAGACAGCAACAGAGAUCAGAAAACAGACAAGACAUUGACCAUAGAAAUGCUUAACAGUUGAAAACACAACCUACGAAAGAAGACACCAUACAGAGGGGAGGGGAGGGGAGGGGAGGCAGUUACAAGUUGUACAGCUCUGUUGAAAGAGCGGCAACAGUGAGCAGCGGCAGCAGCAGCAACAACAACAACAACAACAGCAACAGAGUGGAGAGUUGAAGUCAUGAACUUCCUCAAAACCUGGUGAUAGAUUAUGAUUUGACAAAAAUUUGAUUGCUAUACUAUACUUGAACUUUGUAAAGUGGAAGGGAGUGUACAAAUGAAAGAGAAAAAAGAAAGAGGAAACCUUCAAAUGAAAAGUCAAAAGGUCAACAAGGCACUUGUGAGCACAGUUUGCAAAUCGCUCACAACAGAUUUCAACGACACACCAGACAUGUAUCACAUUGACAAAUUAACCAACUAACAACAUGACUUGACUGUAAUGAACACGGUGUGUCCACAGAAAAGCAGCAAAUAAUAAACCCAUCCACCCUAUUAGUGAUCACACCUUGAAUUAUAUUUACAGUUUUAAUACUCUGUUAAACAGUCAGGUAUUAAGAAGUAAGAAAAUCAUCAGGUAGGACACGCAGCUUAGACAAAACACUUCAUUUUCGUAGUAGUUAAAAAGGUUAAUAUUCCCAUCAGUUGGGAGUUUUAGAUUCCAGAUUUGAAGAAAAUGCAUAAGCAAAAUAAGGAAACAGUACUUUGCAUCUGUUUUUGGUAUGCAUUGUCUUUUAAUGAUUAGGUUUCAAGUAGUUAGUUUAAUUGUAGAAAUGGUUUAAUUGGGUUUCAGUGCUUCUAUUCAAAUGACAUGCAAAACAUCAUCCUGGACAAACGAGACUCCACUGAGACUUAAACCAACAUUAUUGGUCAACCAUUGUAUUGGGUUAUGGCAGAAAUUUCAUAAGGGUACAGAUAUUGGUGAAGGUGGAAUGUCCUUUUUAGUGAAUUUAUUUUGUUUUUCUCAAGCAAAAACAGCGAAUAAGGUAGUGUUAUAAUUGUUAAGCAACUAGACCUCGUGUUUUGUCACUGAGAGUAAUGUUAUGCAACUUACCUCCAACAUAACUGUUGUGAGCUUUUAAAUGGAGCAAAUUUCCUUUAUUUUAUUUUAUUUUGUGUUGCAUUUUAAUUCCUUAGUAAAAUAUAUCUAAGUGUUUGUGUUAGUUGAACUGUAAGCAUAGUCUAAAUUUUGAAUAUUUACUGCUAGUAUAAUGACUCCCUGUUCUUUAUUUCCAUCAUGUGUUGAUGAAUGUUGUUUUUAUCUUGACACCCACCCCAACAACUUGUGUCCCAAGGAUCAUCUAUAUGGGAAGCUCUAGCUUGGUAUGUCUUUUAAAUGCAUUGAGAAAGCAUUUGUAUGAAUUUUUCUCAGAUGCUAAAUAAUAGGGAUAUUAAAGGCUGAUUAACUUA